AUGGUAGAUGGCAAGUGGAAGAAGGAACGAUUUCGUGAGAAGUACUGGUACCAGUGGGAGAGAUGCAAUGCAAUAGUACUGUCCUGGUUAAUGAAUUAUGUUGCUCAGAACUUGAUUAGUGAAAUUGCAUACACUACGAAUGCUCAAACACUCUUGAAGGAGUUACGUGAGAGAUUUGACAAAGAUGAAUUUGAGGCAUUAGUGCCACUACCUGAUUGUGACUGCUCUAAGUCUAAAGAUUGUGUGGUGUUUCUCCAAAGACUGAAGCUGUAUCAAUUUUUCAUGGGCCUAAAUGCCAACUAUCUUCAAGCUAGAAGUCAGAUUUUACUCAUGUUCCCAUUACCUACUGUGAAUCAAACAUACGCUAUGCUUAUCAGUGAUGAAAUCCAAAAGGCUAUUGAUGUUAACUCUGGUAUUCUGGGUGCUUCCCCUCCUAAUAUAAACCCAGGAAGAUAUGAUUCUACUACUCUAUAUAGCUCUAAAACUGGAGGAAAUCAAAAGUUUAGGAAAAAUUACAAUUUCUACUGUGAGAUGUCAGCUCAGGUGACUGGUCAGUACAUGGAGACUCAGCAUGCUCAAAGAGAGGUUUCCCCUUCAACUAUUAGUGCCAAUACAACAGGUACAAGUAGUGUUUUCUUAUUGUCUGAUAGUAAGUCGGAUUGGAUCAUUGAUACAUUAGCCACAAAUCAUAUGGUAUCUGAUGUUAACUUGCUCAAUAAGUCUUCAAUUAGUGAACUUAUUGUGCCUAGGAAAGUGUUUCUACCAAAUAGAUACAUUUCCCAUGUAGCUCAUGUUGGAACUAGUUCUAUAUCUGAUAACAACUACCUCAGGAAUGAUCUCUCCAUUGGGAAGGUGAAGGCGAUUGGUAAGGAGUAUAAUGAGUUGUACUUGUUGCAUAGACACAAUGCAAGGACCAAUAAGUUCCUUGUCUUUGUUCAAACUCAGUUUCAAAAGACAUUGAAGGUAGUCAGAAUUGACAGUCUGUUCAGGACUCUUGGAAUUGCACAUCAGAGAACUUGUGCUUACACCCCUCAACAAAAUGGCAUAGCUGAGAGAAAGUACAAACAUAUUCUAGAGGUGACUAGGGCUAUUAGGUUCCAAGCACAUAUACCAAUCAAGUUUUGGGGGAACUAUGUCUUUGCAGCUAUGUACCUCAUUAAUAGAAUGCCUUUCCCAGUUAUAGGUGGAGUUUCUCCCUAUGAGAGGUUGUAUGCUAAGAAGCCCGAUCUUGGCCACUUAAGAGUAAUUGGCUGCUUAUGUUAUGCAAAGCAGAUCCAUAAGGCAGACAAGCUUUUAUCCAGAGUUAAUCCUACAGUCCAUAUGGGAUAUUCUCCUACUCAAAAGGGCUAUAUCUUGUAUGAUCUUACUUCUCAUUCUUUUGUUGUUAGAAGGGAUGUGGCAUGCAGAGAGGAGGUGUUCCUAUUUUCCAGCAGCAAGUUUGUUCCACCACCUCAAUUUGUUGAUUCCCAUUCUUUUUCACACCAUUAUGAAACUCCUGGGAUUGCUCACACCCUCAAUGAUCCUGCAACCAUAGAGGUGGAGGAUGAAGAUCUCACACAUUGGUUAUGUCAGUCACCUAUUGUGGGAAGUCCUAUUAGCACCAGGUGUGUUGACACCACCACCUAUUCUCAAAGAAUCUCUGCAGAUUUACUUACACAAGACAUUAAUCCUACCUUAAGGAAGUCCACUAGACCUAAACAAACUCCCAUUUGGAUGAAAAACUUUAUUUCUCUCAACAUUUACAAAGAUGUUCCAUAUGCUAUCUCAAACUACUUGUCUUAUGGCACACUGUCUCCUAAGUAUCAUGCUUACAUUGCAGCCACUUUAACUAUAGUUGAACCUUCUUCCUAUGAGGCAGCUGUUAAAGAUCCAAGAUGA